AGUCAUCGGUACCUUUGUUCCAUCUUCACUUUCUCCCCUCAAAUUUGUGCCCCAUUCUCUCUUUCUCUCUCUGCAUUUCCAUUGGGUUUUUGGAAUAGUACAACAAUGAGGAAGCCUUGCUGUGACAAACAGGACACCAACAAGGGCGCUUGGACCAAGCAAGAAGACCAAAAGCUUAUUGAUUACAUUCAAACUCAUGGCGAAGGUUGUUGGCGCACCCUUCCCAAGGCUGCCGGGUUGCAUCGUUGUGGUAAAAGUUGCAGACUGAGAUGGAUAAACUAUCUUAGGCCAGACAUCAAACACGGCAACUUUGGUCAAGAUGAAGAAGACCUCAUCAUCAAACUCCAUGCCCUCCUUGGCAACCGGUGGUCAUUGAUAUCCGGAAGAUUACCAGGGCGAACAGACAAUGAAGUGAAGAACUACUGGAACACUCACCUGAAGCGAAAGCUGAUACGUGUGGGUAUUGAUCCAGAUAACCAUCGAUUGAACCAAACACUUCCUCGCCUACAAAACCAAUGCAUGUCGACUCUUGUCACUUCGUCUGGGUCGGAUGCUGCAAGUUGCCUUGAAGAUGACACAUCAACAUCCUGUGGCUUGAGUCUUGAUCUCUCCAUUGCCAUUCCGUCUCCUUCGCCUGUGCUCGAGGGAGAGAAGUGACAAGAUAAUGAUUAGUUACAAGUGAUUGAAGAAAUUGACAACAAUCGGUCUCCUACUCUUCUUUUAUUUAGAUUAUUAAGUUUCUUGGUAGUUAUGAAUCGUGCCUGAUUUCUCUCCACUUGAAUUGGACGUCCAGUCUAGUUUAUGUGACAUCGCUACUAAAAGGUUGCUUUUCUUUAAAGUUAGGGUGACACUGUCACGAAGCUCUUACCUUCCUGAGGGAUUUUUUAUUUUUUACUUUUAAUGUGUUCGGUUGAAUUGAGUACUUUAAUGUGAGACUAUCUCUAGGAUAGCAUAGCACACAAAUGAGAGAAGAAUGAUUUGUGCUCAAAUGUGAAAGAUAAGUGGAGAGUGAAUAAACUGGACUUGGAUCCAAAUUAGAAUGCAAUUCAGGAUUAUGGAUGGAUAUAAGAAUAUGAAUUGAUAGCUUAA